ACAUACGUUAUCGUGUCUUGCCGUUAACGGGGACCGAUUCGUUGAUACGACCGAAUUCGCAAGUGCGCAUCCGGCAACCAGCUCGACGAUAAUAAUCAUUUCAUUUAUAUAGUUUUUAUAUAGUCUUUCUAUAUGCCAUUUUUAUCACCACAACUUUGAUGUUACCUCUUACCUAGUAGGUAUAUAAUAGGUAGGCAUAUAUUACGAAGUACCUAGUAGUUCCAAAACCCCUUCCAUUAUCCGAUCCACACGAAACAAGGAGGUCCCUAUUUCACGAUGGAAAAUCCUCCAAGCUCAUGGCAAGAGAAAGUUCGGAUGAAACGCGAGGCUCAAGCUCAAGCAUUAGUUACAAUUGUCAAUGAUCAAAAUCCAGAUCUUGAUUCGUCCGUGGUCGAUAUCGAUGAUGUUUCGGAAUUGGUCGGUCGCAUCGCCUCUGGUGAACUGACGUCGGAAACAGUGACGAGGGCAUAUAUACACAAGGCUAUUGCAGCUCACAGCCAGACGAAUUGUCUCACGGAGAUUCUCUUCGAAGAAGCUUUGACACGGGCUCGUGAGCUCGAUGGUUAUCGGAAUCAGCAUGGAAGCGUUGUUGGUCCGUUGCAUGGCAUCCCCGUCACCUUCAAAGAUCAGUUCGACGUCAAAGGCUAUGAUACUACACUCGGAUACGUCGGCCGCACCUUCGCACCCGCGACCGAAGAUGCCGUCCUAGUUGAUAUGCUUAGAAAUCUUGGCGCUAUCGUGCUAGCCAAGACGAAUCUUCCUCAGAGCAUAAUGUGGUGCGAAACUGAAAAUCCCCUCUGGGGUCUCACCUCAAAUCCUUCGUGUAAGGAGUACACUCCGGGGGGCUCAACCGGUGGUGAAGCAGCGUUGUUAAACCUCCGCGGCAGCAUCGUUGGUUGGGGCACAGACAUCGGCGGUAGUAUUAGGAUACCCGCCCACAUGACGGGUCUAUACGGAUUGAAGCCAAGUAGUUCCCGUCUCCCAUAUUACGGGGUGCCUGUGUCAACCGAAGGGCAAGAGCACGUCCCCUCAUCGGUAGGGCCACUGGCUAGAAAACUAUCGUCGCUAACCAUGGUGAUGAAAGAGCUAGUCCAGAUGAAGCCGUGGGAACGUGAUGCUCGGUGUUCCCCAGUGCCCUGGAGGGAUGAGAUUUUCCGAGAAUUUAAAUCCAAGCCGCUGACCAUCGGUCUACUAACCGACGACGGAGUGGUAAGACCACACCCGCCGAUCAGUCGAGUGCUCCUAUCAUUGGCGGAGAAGCUUCAAAUAGCAGGCCAUGAGAUCGUUGAAUGGAAUGCCGACCUCCAUGAUGAAUGUAUUCAGGUUAUGGAUGAAUUUUAUACAGCUGAUGGUGGCGAGGACAUUCGUCGGGAUAUCCUAGCGGGUGGGGAACCUUUUAUUCCCCACGUAGAGGCAUUGGUCAAUAGAGGCCAACCCAUCUCGAUUUACGAUUAUUGGCAAUUGAAUAAGCGCAAAAUUACGCUUCAGCAGACGUACCUUAGGAAGUGGAAUGAGAUGAAAUCGCCAAAGACAGGAAAACAGGUCGACGUCGUGCUAAUGCCGCCUAUGCCCCAUACUGCUGUUCCGCAUCGUUCUUGUCGAUGGGUGGGUUAUACGAAGAUUUGGAAUGUUCUGGAUUACUCCGCUCUGGUACUCCCGGCGGGUAAAGUUUCUCCUAUAGAUGAUAACGCUCCAUGGAAUUUUAUACCAAGGAAUAUACUGGACGAAUGGAACGCAGGGGUAUGGACCCAAAGCAAGGAGAAGAUGAUUGAGCUUGGUCUGCCAGUUGGCAUUCAGAUAGCCGGGAGGAAGCUUGAAGAAGAAAAGGUCUUAGCGAUAGGUGCUGUUAUCGAUGGGCUGCUUCGAGGAAGUGUUCCUAUGUAACUGAUUUCAUCCACAACAGCAACAUAUGAACCUACCUACCUAGGUACUAUAAAUAUAGUAGAUGGAUAGAAUAAUAUGUUCCUGGAAUGCGGCGUCUAUAUUGAUAAUUUCGAAAUAAAAUGCUCAAGAUUUAUAAGGUCUCUUUUUAUUACUUCGAGAUAGGGUACUAUUUUAUUUUCAAUGAAGAUAUACAUAGAUACCGACCUAGCUAGCUAGGUACUUACCUAGGUACCUAAGAAACUUCCCCCUUUAGACUUCGUGAGUAUUUCUCCUGGAGGAGCCGGCAUCAUGGCACCCUCAGGCGGCUUGUUCUUACUUUUAAAGUGGUCGCACAUCUUCGCUAAGUAGUUAGAAGUGCUGGUAGAUAUGUGAUGUGAGUAG